GAUGGUGAAUAUUAAAACAAUCGUACGGAGAAAAAGGUCGUCUCUUUAACUAUGGAGGAGUUCUCUUCCUUGAUAUUCGCUUUUCCUCUCCACUAGUUUCCUUUCAUCCGUUGAACUGCCUAUACCAUUAUCUAGGUUUUCUCUCUUUCAAACUCUCAUCUCAUCUCUACUCAGACUUUCUCUCUUUCAAACUCUGCAUCCAUCUUCCCGCUGUUCGUAUUCUCGCGUCAAUCCGAACCCACAACCUCAAAUUCACCGAUUCAAUUGUCGUUUUCUUCAUCUUAAGACUGACAACAGAAGGCAUUGGUUUCGUGAGUUUUGAAUAUCCUACUUUAAAAAAAUACAGAUUGAGGCAAAGGGUGGAUCAGGAUUGUAAGAUUAUUUAUCACUGUUAAUUGAGUGUUGAUUUCGGAUUUACAUAUAAAUAUCAAGAUGGAUGAUGGUGAACUUGAUUUCUCAAACCAAGAAAUGUUUACAAACUCUAUUGGGGAUCUACCAAGUAGCUGCUCUAUGGAUAGUUUCUUUGAUGACAUUCUCAAGGACACUCAUGCUUGUACCCAUACUCACACUUGCAACCCUCCUGGUCCUGAUUUAUCGCAUUCCCACACUUGUUUUCACGUUCACACUAAAAUUCUCCCCGCAGCAGUUGAGGAGAAGAAUGGAUCUGACGAUACUGGAGAAUCCGACGAAAAGAAGUCUAAGAAAAGGCCUCUGGGUAAUCGCGAAGCAGUACGGAAGUAUCGUGAGAAGAAGAAGGCUCGUGCUGCAUCGUUGGAGGAUGAAGUCGUAAGACUGAGAGGUUUGAAUCAGCAGUUGCUGAAAAGGUUACAGGGUCAGGCAGCGUUAGAAGCUGAAGUUGCUAGGCUUAAAUGUCUGCUCGUGGAUAUUCGAGGAAGGAUUGAGGGAGAGAUUGGAUCUUUUCCUUAUCAGAAGUCUGGAAAUGCUUCUGGACAGAACAAUCCUUCUGCUGCUUAUGUUAUGAAUCCAUGUAAUAAUCUGCAGCAAUGUGAUGAUCAGCUUUAUUGCCUUCACCCAGAUGGAGGAGAAGGACAAAGUACAGAAGUUACAGAUUUAAAUGAACAAGGAUUUGGUAAUUGUGAAUUUGGAAAUAUGCAGUGUUUAGGGAAUCAGAAUGUUGUCUCCAAAGAGAUGGCUCCCGCACCCACCAACAUCACGGUUGCAAGCAAGCGAAAAGGUGGUGCUAGAGGUGCAAGAGCUAGUUGAAGAUCAAAACAAAGCUCGAAAAUGACCGGUUCCUUUCAGGUGGUGCUAGAGGUGCAAGAGCUAGUUGAAGAUCAAAACAAAGCUCGAAAAUGACCGGUUCAAUUUGAGGUUAACGUUACAAUUCGUUUUUGUGGAACAAACUUACAUGUGUUAAAUGUUUACCUGGAUUGGACCAGACAAAUAUUUUAUUUUAUUUUUGUUUUAAAAGGAUGGAAUCUGUUUCUAUCCAUAUUAUUAUGCUUAAUUGAUGUUGUAUGAGUAUGUGAAAUGAUGAUGAAGAAUAAUUUUGGUUUAAGGUAGUAAUAUUUUACUUGA